AUGCAACUUCAUCAAGAUGAGCACCAAAAGGAAAAGGUCAUCUCGUCAUUUGAGUGUGUCUACUGCGGCUUAAAACUGGAUGGAUUCCGAAAGUACCGCGUACACGUCAACCAAACCCACAAAAAGGAGGCCGUCAAAUGCAAAGUUGCAAAGUGCGGGCGGUACUUUAAGUUGGAGGAGGAAUUGAAAAAUCACUUUCACGCGACGCACGCUAAAAAAUUGAAGAAGAAAUUAUUUGGAUGCGCUUUGUGUGAUUACAGGGUGGAGCAAAAAUGCGAUCUAAUUCCGCACCUGACUGGCCGACACUUCCCCAAAACCAUCAAAUGUCCCAAGUGCCCACGUCGGUUUGCUUCGAACUCGCUUUUGAAAGUUCAUCAAAGACGUAUCCACGUCAAGGUCAGAUGCCCUAGCUGCCAAGAAAUGUGCAGCAAGUCAAAGGUCACUGAUCACAACGUGACCGUUUCGUGUUCAGCUUGUGACCAACAAUUUCAAUGCACCAACCACUACAAGGAACACAAAGCUAAAUGCACUGCGCAAGUUACAUGUUUGUUCUGCAAAGUUUCUUUCGACUCUGGAAACAAACUAAUGAUUCACUUGAGAAAACGACAUUCCCAAAGCUGAGGGAAUAAAUUGCCUUGAAAUUAUAUGAAUCUUCACGUUUUGUUUGCACAUCAUGUAUUUAAA